CCCUUAAGUAUGAGUCAACCUCAAAAGGGGGCUUGUUCAGUAUAACACCGGGCGUGCCCCCCACCAACUCCCGGCCAGCCUGAAAUCCGUCGCUGCAGCUGGACCGGGGCUCCUCCAUCCUCGCAGCCCAUCUGCUAGCUCCGGCCCCCUCUGCAUUGGGAGAGGCGGAUUCCUUCUACCUGCAGCCAUCCAAUCGGACACACGGAUCGAUCCCGCUGCUAUCCGCCCCCUCCCCAACCGAGGCUUCUUCCUCGCUGAAUGUGCAGUGGGACCCUUUUCCAAGAUCACAGUAGAGAGCAUGAAAGAGGAAGUGCCCACUAACACGACCAAGAUCCAUCCAGGCUGGUUUGUGCCUGCUAAUGGCAGCACCAGCAAGUCCUACUAUUUCUCAGAGACGCCUCCUGUUCUUCCCUUAAAUCCUUGGGAUGUCGUCCUGUGUGUUUCUGGAACUAUCAUCUCCUGUGAGAAUGCCAUUGUGGUGGCCAUCAUCUUUUACACCCCAACUUUCCGGACUCCGAUGUUCCUGCUGAUUGGGAGCUUAGCCACUGCCGAUCUCUUGGCUGGCUUGGGCCUGAUCUUUCACUUUGCCUUCAUUUAUUAUGUCCAAUCACAGAUAGUUAACCUCCUCACCAUGGGCCUUCUGGUGACCUCAUUCACUGCCAGUGUGGGCAGUCUCCUGGCCAUCACCAUAGACCGCUACUUGUCUCUCUACAAUGCAUUGACCUACUACUCGGAGAGGACAGUCACCCGGACCUACGUCAUCCUCAUCCUCACGUGGGGGAUCUCCAUCAGCUUUGGACUGUUGCCUGUGAUGGGUUGGAACUGCUUGAAGGACAACUCCACCUGCAGCAUCAUCAAACCGUUGAACAAGGACCACCUCAUCAUCCUGUCCAUUUCUUUCUUCAUGGUCUUUGCGGUCAUGUUGCAGUUGUAUGUGCAAAUCUGCAAGAUUGUCUCUCGGCAUGCCCAGCAGAUUGCCCUCCAGAGACACUUCUUGGCCACCUCGCACUAUGUCACCACCCGGAAAGGCAUCUCCACGUUGACUCUCAUCCUGGGGACCUUUGCCUCAUGCUGGUUGCCCUUUGCUGUUUACUGUCUCCUGGGAGAUUACACCUACCCUGCCCUCUACACCUACAUGACUGUGCUCCCUGCAACCUACAAUUCCAUGAUCAAUCCGGUGAUUUAUGCCUUCCGGAACCAGGAAAUUCAGAAGGUCCUAUGGGCAAUAUGCUGCAGCUGUAUCUCCUCCUCCAUGCCUUUCCAGUCCAGAUCCCCCAGUGACGUCUGAUUCCUCCCUCUCUUGCUCCCUCUCUCUGCUCCCUCUCUUCUGCCCAAUCUCUUGCCGCUCAAGAGAGCUCAAAUGUGCAAAACCUCUUUCUAAUGUCCUUCCCUUCUCCUUGCCAAUGUAAGUGACAAGGCUGUCCUAUCUUUAUUUAUUUUGACUUCGGGAAAAAGACAAAUCUCGUUUAUUUUUUUAACCAUGCCUUUUUUAAAAGACAGGGGAAAAAUAUAUAUUUCUGCUUUUGUGUGUAUGUGCAUGCGUGGGUGUAUUGGUUACAUGUCAGAUCUGAUACAAAUAUUUUGUCUGAAAUAUUGAGAGUGCAUUAUUUUCUUAAAAAGGAAAAAACGGCAAGAAGAAGCCUCAAAACCUUCAACCUUUCUUUUGAGUUUUUAUAGCCUUAAUUACCUCAGAUCUCUAGAAAGCUAUUUUUCUACAUUUAAACAAAUACCAUUGUACCCACUUGUAUUUCUCCUUCGAUCAGUGGGGAUAAAAAAAAAAAAAAAUAGCCCAUUGCUGUGCCAGGUUUCAAAAACAAAAUAGAUUCCCCCCCCCCCAGUUCUGUAUUUGGCUGCCCCCUGGUGUUUAUUCUAAUAAAUGCAACCAUAGGAAGAUUGGGGUGGAGGGCAAGGGGAGAACAAGAACAGUAUUAAUAAAACAAUGUAUAAUAUGAGAUCUGAAGCAAUGUGAAUGUCCAGAGUACAGGCAGUCCUCGACUUACAACCAUUUGUUUAGUGACCAUUAAUGGCACUGGAAAAAAAAUGACCUAUGACUGUUUUUCACACUUCCAACCAUCUUCAGGGUCACAUGAUCAAAAUUCAGACACUCGGCAUCUGGCAUGUAUUUAUGACAGCUGCAGUGUCCCAGAGUCAUGUGAUCACCUUUUAUAACCUGACAAGUAAAGUUCCUGCUUUCCUGCUUGAGUAGGAGGCUGGACUAGAAGACCUGCAAGGUUCCUUCCAACUCUGUUAUUGGGGAAGCCACAGUCAUGUUACUAACUUAACUGCAGUGAUUCACUUAAUAACUCUGGCAAGAAAGUUCAUAAAAUAAGAGCAAAACUCACUUAACUAUCUUGCUUAGCAACAGAAAUUUUGGGCUCAUAAACUGUGGUCAUAAGUCAAGGAUUACCUAUAACGCAAUACUAAAGACUUUCAAAGGCACUAUUUCUGAAUAAUCCAUGUCAAGAUAGCAGCCUACAUGUUGCUUGUCCCAAUUUUAGAUUCUAAGUUGGGCUACGGUUUUCAUUUUCCUAGCUGUCUGGGUCAAAAAUGAGCGUUUGUAGUUCUAGCUCAGUAUUGUUGGGACCAAGGCUAAAAUGAUUGAAACAAUUGCACUAGGGUGGGGUGGGGGAAAGAGCACCUAGAUGAGAAGAAGUUCAUGUCGUGUUUAUUGACACUGAAAAGUAAGGGUUUCAUCUAGUCUAGUUCCAGGUGCCCUCAACAUGUUGUUUACUUCAGCACCCAUCAUCCAGCUGGCUUGACCAAAGGAUUAUGAGGGGGCUUUAACCCUAAACAGACAGAGGGCAUUCU